CCCGUCCUCGGGCAGCCCCCCCCUCCUGUGGAGCCCUGGCCGGGACCACCUCUGCCCUUGGCGCCGCGGGCCCUGCGGCUCGCCUGGCCGCCGGCAGCGGUUUGCAGGCCCGCGCGGGGAGCUGUGUUCGUGUCGGCAGCGGGGGCCCGCCUGGACGAGCGAGGACGAGGAGAGCGAGGAGGAAGACAGAGUGGACUUGGCAGAAAGCUCCUUGUUGAACAAGCUGAUCCACACGUCCCUUGUGGAGUCCAGCCAUGACGUGGAGAUCCUGCAGCAGGACCCCAACUCGCCUCUCUUCUCCGUGAAAACGUUUGAAGAGCUGCGCCUGAAGAAGGAGCUCUUGCAGGGGGUUUACACCAUGGACUUCAACAGGCCGUCCAAAAUCCAGGAGACAGCUCUGCCAAUGAUGCUGGCACAUCCGCCCCAAAAUCUGAUUGCUCAGAGCCAGUCAGGGACAGGGAAAACGGCAGCUUUUGUGUUGGCGAUGCUAAGCAGAGUUAAUGGUGCUGAGAAGUACCCACAGUGCCUCUGCUUGGCUCCAACCUACGAGCUGGCCCUGCAGAUUGGACAAGUGAUCGAGAAGAUGGGGCAGUUUUGUGCUGACAUUAGGGUUACAUACGCUGUCCAGGGAAACAGAGUUCUGCCAGGCACCAUGCUGGAGGAGCAGAUUGUCAUCGGGACUCCUGGGACAAUGCUGGACUGGUGUUUCAAACGGAGAGUGGUGAAUAUGAAGAGAAUCAGCCUGUUUGUGCUGGAUGAAGCUGACGUAAUGAUCGACCAUCAGGGCUUCUCGUACCAAAGCAUUCGCAUUCAGAGGGCUUUACCUAGGGGCUGCCAAAUGCUGCUUUUCUCGGCAACCUUCAAGGAAACGGUGUGGAAUUUUGCAAUGCAAAUUGUCUCCAACCCCAUCAUAAUAAAGCUCCGUCAGGAAGAGCUCACCCUGAGCAAUAUCAGGCAGUACUACUUUGUGUGCAGGAACAGAGAGGAGAAGUAUGAGGCCCUGUGCAACAUCUACGGCAGCAUCACCAUUGGCCAGGCUAUGAUAUUCUGCCAGACUCGCAGGAGUGCAGACUGGCUGUCGGUGGAGAUGAUCAAGGAUGGGCACCAGGUCGCCAUGCUGACGGCAGAGUUGACCAUAGUGCAGAGGGCCAAUGUGAUUCAGAGAUUCCGCGACGGGAAGGAGAAGGUCCUCAUCACCACAAACGUCUGUGCUAGAGGGAUUGAUGUGGCACAAGUCACCAUAGUGGUGAACUUCAGCCUCCCUGUUAAUCAGCAGAAACAGCUGGAUUUUGAGACCUACCUGCACCGCAUUGGGCGGACGGGUCGCUUUGGGAAGAAGGGCAUUGCCUUCAACAUGGUGGAAAAGCAGACCACACACCUCGUUCACAGUAUAGAGGAGCAUUUCCAGACCGAGAUCAAGAGGCUUGACCCAGAUGACAUGGAUGCGCUGGAGCAGCUGGACAACUGAGCAAAAUGUCAGGAUUUGCUCCAGUGAAUCCAAGUUUUGGUUUAACAUGGAUGGGAAAUGGAUGGGAAAAUCUCCCAGUUUUCUUUGCAGUUCCUGAAGAUGCUCGGUUUUGUUGUGAUGUUUGUUUGUUUUGGUUUUGUUUAAUAAACUGGUGUCCAGGGGGAUUCUCAGUGGUGUUUUUGUUUGAAAAUGGAGGUAGGAAAGUGGUUUCCAGAGCUGGGGUGGGAUGCUGCUACAGGGACACAGAUGUCUUCAGUUACAGGGAAACAAACACCUGGUGCCAGUGUAGAUGCCCUGCAACCCUCUGCCCAGUUUCCGUCUACAGUUCCUGAAGGGCCAUGGCAGACAACUGUGGCAUGGAGCUACUGAAGUCUGCCUGAAAAACUGAAGAACAUCUUUCAGCAUUUUAUAGAAAUAUAAGCAGUUAUUCAUUAGCUGAAAUGAUUGAACCAUCUUAAUAAAAUUACAAUGUUUAUCCAUCAUGCCAAAAUGGGAAUUUCCAGGAAGCGUAUUAAGAACUUGAUCUCCUCCUGUAACUUCCUUACCACUAUUUUCUGCCUAUCAUAACAUGUAUUUAAUUUCUCUAAUCUUUCAUCUAUUUUCACUUAUCCAGACAAAAUGACGAUUUCUAAAGUAAUCUUUUCAGCAGCCAAUGUGGACAUAAGCACUUUCCGUUAUUCUUCAUUUUCACCCCUGCCCUUAUUCUCUGUUCAUUCUGAUAACUCUCCAGUUGCUGCUUUGAACUUCAGGAAGUUGAAAGAUUGCCCUGUCUUUAUGUAGUCCAUUUGUCUCUUUAGCCAACUCUUUAACUGUGUUUAUAUUUAACAUUUCAUAUCUACCUGUUUGUAACAUUUCUUAUAAGAUUACCUCUUGUGGAAGCUUCACUGGAUACAGCUUGGAUCUAGCAUACAGUUGUGGAGUAUAUUUUAUUGUUUAUUAAACUUUACCAUGUUUCA